CCUCUCGGGAUGAAGGUCUGCCUGUGAUAAUUAGCCUAAUGGAAUGAAUGACUGUGGAUUGACAAUAUGCAGCUGUGUGCAUGUCUGCGCGUAGGUGGAAAGUGACAAUCCUCAAGAGAAACGCUUUCAAACGUUGUUUCAUCCUCACACGAGCUGCAGAACGGAGCGCUCGGAUAUUCAGCAAAACCUGUUGAAUUCUCAGACUGGAUUACUUCACAUGUAUAUGACAAAGUUUGGAGGAUUUGGCAUCCGAGGAGAAUGAAUCGGUGCUUACGAGUGUGAUCUGAUGUGGAUGAGAGAUGCAGAGGACGGCUCAAGGCUUUUUCGACGCUGAUCCCCAUUUCCACAAUGAACCCUAUCAGUUUCCUCAUCCUCCAACAUCAUCUUUCGGCUCCAUCGUGACUGCAUCGAGUCCAGUCAAGAGAAUUACUUUCUACAAGAGCGGCGACUCCCAGUUCAAAGGCGUCAAGAUGGCCGUCCAUAAACGCACCUUCAAAUGCUUUGAUGCCUUACUGGAUGACCUUUCUCAAAAGGUUCCCCUGCCUUUCGGUGUACGUACCAUCACAACGCCCAGAGGAACCCACAGCAUUAAACAUUUAGAGCAGUUCGAGGAUGGAGGGUGUUAUCUCUGCUCCGACCGCCGAUAUGUAAAACCAAUCAACAUGGAAGAAGUAGGAAAAAGGCAGGCGGUCUGGCACCACCAUAGCCAUCCAAAUAACACCCGCCGAAAGCCGUCCCGACCUGAUGAACCCCUAUCAGGACACCAACACCACCAUCAUCGGCACCCCAAAAGGAUUAUUCUCGUGAAAAACAGUGACCCCGCUGUUCGCCGAUCUAUUAUUCUGAGUCGACGAACCGCUCGCAGUCUUCGAGUCUUUACGGAGGAGAUUUCAGAGCUCAUGCAGUGUCACGUCAAGAGACUGUACACCCUGGAGGGGCGCAAGAUCGACAGUAUUCAGAGUCUGAUGCAGUGUCCCAGUGUGCUGGUCUGUGUGGGUCGAGAACCAUUCAGGCCGUUGCUCGUUGAAAGCUUGAAGAAACUCUCAGAUGAAAAGCUUCCUGGAGUGGGCACGAGGUCACACUCCAGCGUCUGCAGUGAAGGCCAUGAAAGCAAAAAGAAUGUCAACUUUGGGCUGGAGACCAAGAAAAGCAUUAUCCAUCCAAGAUCCGACUCCAGUAAUCGAUCUACAAGAUUCUCUCUUUCUUCAGAAAAGUCCUACCAGAAUGGAUUAUGCACGACACCAGGACAGUCUGGUUGCGUCAGCACCUGUCCUUAUGUUAAAGAAGUCGUCAUGAACGAUGACAUCGAGAAGAGAGUGCUUGUUAACAAAGACGGCAGCCUUUCUGUGGAGAUGAAAGUUCGCUUUCGGCUUUUCAAUGAUGAGACCCUCCAAUGGUCCACCGAGAUCAAGAAAUCAUCAAUGAAAGUGAACGAAUCUGUAAAAGACACUGAAUAUCUUCAAGCUAAAGCCGAGUAUUCAGACCCAGACUCUGUUUGUGCAUCUGAGGCUGAGGAAGCUUUCGCAACGAAGAAGCAUCUUGAGGAAACACUUUGUCAGAACUGUUGCAACCAUUGCCAAGAAUAUGACAUUUGGAAAAACCCAAUGCAUAAAGAGCAGGGUGCCAGCAAGUCCCCCAGUUCCAGUGGAUCAUCUCAGAAAAUUACAUGCAAAAAGUCAUCUGUGGAUAGCACACGCACAAUUUCCCGCUCCAGCGGGGAGUACGUGGAGCAUGUGGUUGAGAAGGCCUCAUGCUUUCAGGAGACGAUGGAGGAAGGGGACACUAGAGUGGAAUACUGUUCAACAAGUCAUUGCUGCAGCCGAAGUGAAGUAUCCUCAGCUGGCGUCACGUCAAAGAGCAAGAAAUCAUACGAGGACGGCUGCGGGAGUCAAGCUAAAAAUAAAUGCUCUCAUACGGACAUCACAGAAGCAGAAAUCUCUCCAACGCCACAUUGUGAGCUAAUUAAGAUCACGGGAGAGCGUCCGAUUUCUGCGGUCAGCAACUCCUCCAAAGUGCUUGAGUCUUUGAAGGAAGAUCAGGAUGAUGAUUAUGAUGACCUUCCACCGAGUGUCUCCAGAGCUUCAAACUGGUCUCAAAGUUGCCACCCGGAGAGUGAUUAUCAACCAAAAUGUGCUCGUUGUCGUGGUCUCCAAAGUUCACCGCAAUCUUAUUUGUCUCCCAGACCUCCAAGUAAAGAAUCGAGCACUGCAAUUCAUUCACUGAAGGUUAAAAAGCAUAAAACUAGUUUUGCAGCUCCAGUUGAUGGAGAAUGCAUGAGCACGACAUCUCCAGUUUCAAAAGUGUCCCCUAUGUGCAAUGCAUGUCAGUGUGGAGCCAUAAGUUCGGUGGCAUCUGGUCAGGAGCAGUUGUUUGAGAAAGGAGCUUGUCGUAUCAUUUCCAGACAAAGCCAAGCAUCUUGUACGUCUAGAGGCCAAGCAAACACCCCUAGAUCCAAUGCAUCAGAUGCUCUUGAGAAAUGUGAUGAUGCUGGAAAAACAAGUGUCACAUCAGGUGUCCCAAAAAGAUCUGGUCAGUCUGGUGGAUGUUCAUGCUGUGGUAAGAGUAAAGGAUUCAAUGGGAAUGUAGAAGAAGAUGAACCAGAGAAAGCCGAUUCCAUAUUGUCAAAAAAAUCUGUUGCAUGCACUUCAAAUGUGCUUGAAAUCUCUGACCCUGUUAAUAAUGCAUCAGACGGGGAAGCCACACGGGAACGCUCUCGGUCUAAAAUUUCAAAUGCAUCUUCUACUUCAAAAAUCUCAAAGAAAUCCAACUGCUCUGCUCAUGAAAGGUGUUCUGCUGGGAGAUCAUUAAAAUCUGAACGUAAUGAAGGAGAGAGUGUCAAAGAAAGAACCAAAAGUGCCAUGUCAGCAAAGUCAGACUGCAUUAUUUCACAGAGAGACCCCACGCCAGCCUUGGUCCUGACAGAAACGGAUAAUGCUGAAGAAGAAAGCCAAGAAAGAGCUGUCAGCCCAAUGUCUGCCCAUUCAAAUCUCUCAGCUGCAUCGAAGACAUCCUACAAAUCAAUAUCUGGACAUUCAGAGAAAGCUAAAACACCUAGAAUGUGUAGUCCAAACGAUGUAGAGGAAGUGCCAUUGAAGUUGAUUAAUUCUCAGGGUGAUGAACCAGAAAGUGCUGCAAGUCCAAAUCCGACCUUGUCAGAUAAUCAUAAUGAGCAAGACACAGAGCUUCCUCAUGAAGUGAGAUCAGCUAGUGCCAUGUCUAAUAAGUCAAACCAAUCUUCACAGCAUCCAUCAAAAGACUCAAAGAGGUCUGUCAAAUCUUGUGAGUUACAAGGCAAAAGUCCCGAUGUUCUGUGUGAGUUGAAAACUGAGGAAAGGCAAUGCCGUCCACUGUCAAACUGCUCAAAAACAUCAGUAAAGUCGAAUGAAUCUUCAAAACAUUCCCAAGCAGAGGCUAAAUCCCAGGAAAGAGUUCCCAGCGCAAUGUCUGCUAAAACAAAUGCUUCUAAAAGAUCUUGUAGGUCCUGCAGAGCAAACCACAACAUUCCAGAAACCACAGUUACCUCAGUAUUAAAUGAUGCAACACCCGAUGAAUGUGCAACUCCAACAAACAAGUCAAAAAGAGCCACCAGCCCGAUGUCUCAGACCUCAGAAAAGUCUAAUGCUUGUUCUGAAAGAUCCAUCAAAUCUGAGACACAGAAAACAACACUGAAUGCCUUAACUGUGACCUCACCAUUGCCUAGGAAAAAGCAGUCUCCUUCUCCUAGGUCAACCCACAAUAGUAAAAGCAAGAAGACUGAUAGCAGAGCAGCAAGUGGCAUGUCAGAAAACUCGAAUGUGUCCCGAAGAUCUGGCAAAUGUAAUUGUCUUGGCUCCUCAAAUGGUGAUUUGAAAGAGAAAUUAAAGGAAGAUGCCAAAGAUGUAUCUGGUUUUCCUGACAAGAUCCCUUCGGAUUCAACUCUUAUAAAUAAUAUUAAAUCCUCAGAUAAUCAGUUUGAUGAGCCUGUAAGCCCUACAUCCACAGCUUCGGUCUCUCUUGGGUUAGGAGAGGAUCAGAAAGGUGAUGACUUUGAUGACCUAUCAACAAGUGGCAUGUCAGAGGAUGGUGGGAAUAGGUUGCAUGAAGUAAAUGGAGUCGAUGCAGAGGAAAGGCCUAAGACAGAAGCGUCUGUGAACUCCCAUCAUAAGUCUCCCGUUCAAGCCCUCUUGCCUGUCUCAGCUGAAAGCGUCAUGUCAGCAGAAUUGAAGAAGAGCAAGUCGGGGAGCCAGUUAAAUGAAAACAAUAUCAGAGUGCCCUCCACUUUGUCACUGUCAUCUUCACGAAGUAAGUCACCCUCGAGACUUUCUCCAGGAAGUGCUAAAAAUACAGCUAUGAAAGAGAGAGACUGCAAAGCUGUCAACAACACCAACCAUGCAGAAAGGAGUGAAGCGUCUUCAAAACAUGAGCAAAGCGAAAGAGCUGCUGGAAAAGUCACACCAGCAAGUGAGUUUUUAGACUCUUCAAAAGCCUCUGAAUGUUCAGUGAAGUCCAAAAAUGGGCAAAGUAUUAGAGAGACUGAUAAAAGAUCCAAACAUUCUUCCCAUUGUUUGGAAAUGAACGGACUAGAUAUCAAUUCUAACAGAGACCUUGAUGAUGGUAUGGUUAAAUCUCUUAAAGCAUCCACAUCAGACAAAAGAUCUGUGAAAAAUGAUGCAUCCAGGCCAAAUUCAGCAGGGAAGUCUGACAUUUCCCAAAGUCUACCACUGGAGAUGCCAAACAAGAAAAAAGCAUCAGUCAAGCAUCCUGAUUCCUCAAGCGAAAGUGUUUUAUCUCGAGCACUCUCAGCUGCAGAUCUGUUGAGAGAGAUCGUUGGCAGUGCGAGACCAGUCAGUAGAGGAUCAAAGUCUGUUGCCUCCAGCAAAAAUGUCGACAAGGUUGAAAAUAAAAGCCAAAAAAGCAGCAGAAGCAAACCCAGCCACUCUUCAGAGCACAACACUAAGGAAUUGAUGCCAUCAUGUUUGCCAAAUGCUUCCCCUACAGAAGUCGUGAACGACUGGCUUAGAAACAUUCCCAUUGGUGGCUAUGUUUAUGAAAUGGACGUUGAACAUACUGAACGUGAAGCUGGUGAGAACGCCUCCCAAAGGGACAAAAGUGAGGCACCAGAAAGCAUAAUGGAGGUUGAGGAACCUAAUGAGAAUCCCACAGGAGAGAAUCAUGUUCAGCAGGAGACCAAUGAUGUUGAGAUACAAGCAUGCGAUGAAAAAGCACAACUGGAAAUGUGUGAAAUGGAUCACAAUCCUAAAACAUUAGCCAACCAAGACAGUUUACAAAAGCAGUGUGAUUCUUCAGUUCAGGUCAUGAAGGUUUUACUCGGUCCAAAACUAGACCGAUCCAGUAGUUUACCUGAAGUUUCCCCAGUGUAUGGCAGAAAAUUAAGCCAGUCUGCUCAAGGGCUUUUGGACUGCCUAGCAAACUUAAGAUUGAUUGAUUCAGACUCUAAAGAUGAAAAGCAUCGUAAAUACAAUGAAGUUAUGAUGAUCCUACAGUCGCUCUGGCUCCAAAAGCCCAUCGAGGAUGAACAUAUAAAACAAAAUGCAAAGGUAAACCAAUCUGAGGAUGAGUUUAACCUGCGGUAUUCAUCAGGCGUUGAUGUAAAUAGUGGUUCCACCAGCUCAUUUAAAGGUGAAAAAAUAGAGACCUCACAGGGCACAAUACCACCAAUUGAAAAGCAAGAGAUUUCAAGGAAUGAUAAAGAUGAUGAAGAAGAUGAGGUUAAGUUUACAGAAUGUUUAGAUUCAUCCAAAAUCAUCCCAGAUCCGGUAACUCCAGACAUCGCAGAACGAACACAGGGAAGUCCAGUAAACACACGACAGGAUGAUGACCAGGAAAAUGAUGUAACUCAAGAAGAUGUUUCAAGUUCCGAGAAUAAGAAUGAAUCCGAUCAAACGCCACAAACGACUUCUUACAAGAGCUCUGGGAAUGAGAGUUACACGAUGAAAUCUCCAGAAAACACAAGCUCAGGAACUCCGCCGUCUGUUCAGAAAGCUACGCUCACUAAAAGAGUUUCACAAGACCCAGAUCCUGUUUGGGUCCUGAGCUUGUUAAAAAAGCUAGAAAAGCAGUUCAUGCUGCAUUACACCGACGCCAUGGCGGAGUUUAAAGUGAGGUGGGAUUUAGAUGACAAUGAGAUGCUUAAUACAAUGAUAAGCGAACUGAAAGAGGAAGUACACAAACGUAUUCAAUCAAGUAUUAACCGAGAGCUGCAAAAAAUCCAAAGCCGCACUGGCAGAGGUCCGAGACCUCCAGGAAAUGCACUUUCGAGAGAGUCUACUGCUCAAACCGAGCAACGACGCAAGCGUCUUCGGGUCAUGCGCAAUAAGUCCAUCUUGACAAGGAGUGAUGAAGAUUACACUGCAUCAGGAACUGAAAACAGCGAUCAGCGCAGUGAUGAUGAAUACUGCCCAUGCGAUGCAUGCAUAAAAAAGAAAUUGGCAUCCAGAGCAGCCCAGCGAGCUCAAGCUUUGAGUUUUGCUCCAGUUAUAAUGGAGUUUGAUCUGCGGAAAAUUUUGCAAAUGAAAAAGGACCCUGUCGAACCCUCGCAAUCAAAGCCUGAAGAACAAUGCACGGCUUGCCAAGUUGAAAAUAACUUGGAAGUUGUUCAUGAAGAGGUAGAGGAGGUCAAUGAUGAUACUAGAGGACGUGAUGUUAAAAUGGCAGAUCAAGAAGAGACAGAUGAUGCUGACAAUGCAAUCGACGCAACUUUAGACUCUGAGAAAAAAGAUCAGAACGACGAGGAAGCAAAUGAUAAGUCUGACGAUGUAGAUGAUGGUCAAAAUGAGAAAGAAGCUGAGCCCGCAAAAGAAGAAAUGGGUGUGAAUGAUACGGGAGAUGACGAAAAUGAGGAAGAAGGCAACUUAGUUGAAGAAGACAUGGAAAAAGAAGCAUGUACAGAACAUGCACCAAAUAUUGAAAAUAGUGAUUCGACUGCACAGAAAAUGACAGAAAGUGCUGAGGAAACCGAAGCAGUUGACAAACAGACUACAGAAGACCAAUCUACAGAAGAAGUAGAAGAGUCAAAUAAAGAUGAUACACCUGAAACCACUAAAGGUGAAACACCAACCAUUGAGAAGAACGCAGAUGGGACGUCAGACACAGGACAAGAUGAUGAAACCGGCAAGAUGCCAAAGGUAAAGAUCGAGAUGGAGGUCAGAGAAAGUGUAGAACAUGAAGACAAAUCUAGCUCCGUUGAGGAACAGAAUGAAACCGAUGACGCACUAGCAAAACAGGCGACGAAAACGUCAACAGAAUCUCAACAAGGAUCUAUGGAGAACUGCACAGCGCAAGCUAAACUGAAAGAUCUUCAGAGUUUCAUGGAAAGUCUUGAAAGUCAUGGAGACAGUGUGGUGAUUACUAAACAACCACCAUACAAAGAGCCACACGAAGCAGCAAACCAAAAGGACAUGUGCAACGGCUUGACUGAGUGGCAAGUGUCUCCUAAAAUGAACAUCCGGGCCAAUAAACAAAAGAAUCAGAAGAAUGGACACUAACGUUACGGAAGAGUUUUAAUAUUUUUCGCAUAAAGCACUUUAUUUUGAUGGCUGAGUUCAGACAUUUAAAGAACUAAGAGAAACUUUUAAGAGAUUUCAAAACUGUAUAUUUUACAAUUCUGUAGUCGAGUUAUUGCUUUAACUGAGGUUAAAAAGACUUUUAUGAAUUCAUGUACACAGGAAGAAAAAAAAGCAUACAUUCCAGGUCUCAGAGUCACAAAAUUAUAAACGUUUUACAGAUAAACACCAAAACUCAGGGUGCUGAACAUUGUUAUUAUUUAAAUGCAUUGUGAUUAUAAUAACCUCGAACAAGGUUAGCAUUGCAUUACAUUGAGCUGAAAUGCUAAAUGACACGAUUAUAACUCAGAAUGUGUAUUUGCAGUUGUGUUAGAUUAUGGGGUGUUAUUCCAAUUUAUAUAAGUCAUUCAGUGCUGACUGUAUAUUUGAAAGCUUUCUAAAGGCACUUAAAGCAUCUUUGACCAAGGUUGGUUGUAUGUUGCUAUUGUAUCGUAAUAUUAAUAAAUGCUCAUCUCUGAGAAUCUCA